CAAAACUUCACAGACGAAGAUGAGGAAGAAGUUACAAACCUGAAAACAAAGCAUGAUUCCGAAUGUUUAAUUUAUUCUUUUUAACUCAUUUAUAAAUCCAUUAAAUCUGGCAUAACCGAUAACGGAGAAAUAACGAUGACGUCAAAUCCUCCGGGACAAGGAUUUCAGAAUAAAAACCGAGUGGCGAUUUUAGCCGAGCUGGAUAAAGAGAAGAGACGCCUGAUCCAGAGUCAGUCCAUGAACAAUCCAGGGGCCAGUAUUCCGCUUUCCAGACCACCAGUGAAGGAAUUUCGUGAUCACGCGGAGCAGCAGCACAUUGCCGCGCAGCAGAAAGCAGCUUUACAGCACGCACACGCCCACUCCUCUGGCUUCUUCAUCACACAAGACUCUUCAUUCGGAAACCUGAUCCUCCCUGUGCUGCCGCGACUCGACGCAGAGUGAUGAUGAGAAGGAAAAAGGAAAGAGAAAAAAAACAAACCCACACACACAACCAAGUGAGACCUGUUUAAAGACAUUGAGGCAUUUACAGAAAUGAACUUAGUCAUGUGAUCACCACAUCAGCUUUAAAACACUGAAAAUCUCCUCUGGUUCCACACUGACUGAGGGGGUUUACUGGUUGUACUGGUUUUAUAUUUCAUAUAAAAUAAAUAAAAGUCAACAAAAGUUGCUGCUAUA